GCUGAUACCUUUAACUUUCAGGUUUCAGGAGGAGGGUUUAAACAGAGGCGAGUGGGGCUCAAGCUGAGAGACACUGCGGCCCGGGACCCUGCUCUGGGGCGCUGACAGGAGCGAGAAGUCAAGGGGAGCCCAGAGAUGACGUUGGGCAGCGCCUUCCCGCUGGACGCAGCCACUUUACUGAUCCUCGGCGCCCUCUCCCUCUUGCUCCUCCUUUACUUUCGCCGCGGCUCGAAGUGCCAUGGAGCGCUCAACCUGCCCCCGGGACCCCCUUGUAUGCCCAUCAUCGGUCACUUGCACCUCCUGGAUCUGAAGAAGCCACACGAGAGUCUCAUGGAGCUGUCUGAGAAGUACGGCCCAAUCUUCAGCAUCAAGCUUGGAACCAUGAAGGCUGUGGUCCUGACCGGCUACGAGACCGUGAAGGAUGCUCUCAUCAAUCAUCCCGAUGAGUUUGGAGGAAGAGGUCGCAUCCCUAUAUUUGAGGUCACAUCAAAGAAUCAUGGCAUCGUCUUUGGUCAUGGGGAAUCUUGGAAGCAGAUGCGAAGAUUCACCAUAUCCACUCUGAGGGACUUUGGAAUGGGCAAGAAAUCUAUUGAAGAUAAAAUCAUUGAAGAAACACAUUUCCUCAUAAAAAUGUUUGAAUCGUACGAAGGCCAUGAAUUUAAUCCAACCCUCAAGUUAAGCAUUGCUGUGGCCAAUAUUAUCUGCGCAAUAGUUUUUGGUGACAGACUUGAUUACGAUGAUGAAAGGUUCAUUAGUUUUGUGAAGAGAGUGAAUGAAAAUUUGCAACUUGCUGGAUCUCCGAUGGUGCAGCUUUACAAUGCAUUUCCCAUACUGGGAUUUCUUCCUGGUUCACACACGAAAAUUUUGCAAAAUGCACGAUUAAAUACUGGAUUCAUCAAAAACAUUAUGAAUGAAAAUGAUCAGAAACUAGAUGCGAAUGACCCAAGGAGCUUUAUUGAUGCCUUCUUGUUAAAACAGCACCAGGAGUCAGGAAAUCCAAACACAUAUUUCCAUGAAAACAACCUGUUAUUCACAGCACGCAACCUGUUUGUUGCUGGGAUGGAGACGACUUCCACCACACUUCGUUGGGCCAUGUUGCUGAUGAUGAAGUACCCCCACGUACAGGAAAAAGUUCAUGAGGAAAUCAUCAGUAUCAUUGGGUCAGAACGGUCGCCCAGAGCUGAAGAUCGGACGAGUUUGCCCUACACCAAUGCGGUGAUCCAUGAAGUCCAGAGGUUUGGCAACGUUGUGCCAAUGAACCUCCUGCAUUCAACAACAGCGGACGUAAACUUUAAAGGAUAUUUCAUCCCAAAGGUAAAUAAGGGAAGUGGGUGGCUCAUUGGCUCCUGCUGUGCGGCAGCCGCCUUUGGCUCAGGAACUGACCUGGGCCCAGACCAAGACCACGCGCCCCGCGCCGCCCGCAGCUGUUACAUGAGGCGGCGCCUGAGGGGAGCUCAGCAGUUUUAA